GAGAGCCGCCUGGCAGGUUUACGACAGUGUAACGUGUUGGUCUCCGGUGACAUGUGGUUAGGGCUAUGCCGGCUGACAUCUUUUAGAAGCCUCUAGCUGUACAAAGGCUUAGGAUUUGACACCAACAAAAUGGCUCCAACAUUCUGCAUCGCGGAGACAUAGAGAGGAAGUUGCUGUUAAGAAGUAGCGCUGCUGCUGGCACCCACGAAGUUUUAAUCUCACAAAUUGUGUUGGCGUCUGACUGUUACCAUAGAGAAGGGCAAGGGCGGAAGGUCAGGCGGGUUUUGUCUCUGUCUACAUUUCAUCAUGGCCACAUUCCGCUGGACCCGCUCACUGCAGCUUACUCUAGCUGUAAUCAAGCCUGAUGCUGUGGCCCAUCCAGUUAUAUCUGAAGCUGUACACGAGAAGAUACUAAACAACAACUUUCUUAUAGUAAAAAGUAAGGAGCUGCAAUGGCGGGUAAAAGAUUCUCAGAAUUUCUACAGUGAACAUACAGGACGGUUCUUUUAUCAACGGUUGGUUGAGUUCAUGUCAAGUGGUCCAAUGCGAGCAUACAUCCUGGCUCAUGAGGAUGCUAUCCAGCUGUGGAGGAAGCUGAUGGGUCCAACAAAAGUGUUCCGUGCCCGUAUUGUAGCACAAGACACUAUCCGUGGUAAUUUAGGAUUGACUGACACUCGUAACACAACACAUGGGUCAGAUUCAGUAGAGUCGGCAUGUCGUGAAAUCUCUUUCUUCUUUCCGGAGUUCAGUGUGAGUAGCUGGUACAAGGAGCAAGAGCCUAUAUAUAGGGCUGGGCCAUUAUGCUAUGACUUGGAGAGACUGGAGCAUCGACUUGUGGGAAAGUGAAAGAACAGUGGUGCUGCGCUGGACAAUCUGUGGUCUACUAAUGGCAUUUUAAUAUGAGGACAAUGAUGUGCUUCUUCAUUCACAGUGUUGACAUUUGACAAGUCAAUAUACUUGUGUCGACAUGUUGUACCACACACUUUAGCUUCAACCAAUGAAACCUAUCACAUCUGAGGAGCACUACCCAUACUCAAGUUAUGCAAUUUAUGGGUUUAGAGGGCAAUCAGUCAGUGGAUUAUAACUGCUUUCAAUUUAAUUGAUGGAAGGGAAAUAAUGCAGUAGAUGCUAAGUCAACUCUUCUGUGUGUGGUCAGAAUCUAUUACUCUGGCCAAUGGUUUUCCAUCCAUUGUUUUAUUUUUGGAAAGUAGGUAGGUAUGCCAAUGAAGCAUAAAAACCAAACAUAAAUAAAAUAAAUUGUAUGCAAUUUCUAUGCUGCCCCAUAAACAUAAUAAAUCCAGCCAUAUCUGUUAUAAUGAUGGAUUGGGUUGAACCGUGA